AUGUAUUUUGACAAUACUUUGAUCCAGAAACAGGCCCGUCCUUUUGUGUAUAUAGAAUACUCAAACAACACCAGCACUAGCUCCAGUGCGAUCGCAUCGUCCAGCCAUCAUAUACCACUCCAUCAUCAGCAUUCGCCUUCUACGACGACAGCUCCUCAAUACCAUCAGCAUCAGCAGCAGCAGCAGCAGCAGCAUGCCUCUAGUCCAUCCGAUUCCUCCUCUGCGUCAUCUAUCAUUUCUACUGCGAGACCGCCACCGCCCGUACAAGCACCAGCAACACAGAAGCAAAACCAAGAACAGCCCAAAAAGAAGAAGCGACAGCAUAUUGGCUAUGCAUGUGAUAAAUGUCGCGAAAGAAGGGUUGGGUGUGAUCGAGGAAAGCCUAUUUGUGGCCAAUGUAAGGACAGAUAUCACUGUCAGUACAGCAAUCAUGCGCUUCGCUUGGACAAUGUUUCAAUGCGACAAAGACUGGACGAAUUAGAAAAUCAAGUGGGCUGGCUCACAUCAUUUGUCACGAACCUUGAACAAGACUAUCGGUCGACGGUUCCCCGAAUACAGCCACACGUGCAACACUAUGUCACACAACAGCAACAGCCUCCUCCUGCUCAAGGAACCACACUAUUACCGACAACAUCAACAACCGCCAUCGUACCUCGGAUACAGCAUGAGAGUCCCAGCGUCUAUGACUGGGCUAUUGGUACCGGCUGGCCCGUCAUCGAGAAUGCAGAUGGCAUGAAAUCCAUCUUUACUACCAUUAAGAAUUUCGAGGAUCUCAGCGAGGCAUUGAGAAAUACAGUGGAAACCAUCUACAAUACCAAAGGCAACCCCAUCUACAGACAGCCCAGCCAGUUUCCUCAGCAGUUGAGUCACAUUUCCCGAGUCGACAUCUCUGUGCAAUCUCUCCACAACAGCACUGUAUUCGCCAAAAGACCUUCCAUCACGCAUCACUGGGACGAAAAGAACAAAAGGGAACAUACAUUUACCUUAUUUGAAAGCUUGAAUCGCUACUCCAAAGCCUCGGGUGGUGACAACAGUUGCAACAGAAACGCCACUGGCACUAACGAUCUCUCCAAAGACGUGAAAUCUCGCUUAAUCCACCAGCAUCAUAAAUGUGGGUUUCCGAUACUUGUGAGGCCAUCUCGCUUCGAGAACCACUACCGACAAGGCCAAUUAAAGCCCUUGGUGUUAUCUUCUGUGUUCUCUCACUCUGUACCACACGCCUGUAUCUACCAUCCUCACCUCACACAGAUUCAGGAUUUCCGCGAAUUGGGCGACAAGUUUUACAACCAUUCACACGAUUUACUAGGGAUUGAUGAGCCAGCCAACUUGUCCAACAUUCAUCAACGCACCUUGUUGAUCACGUAUGAUUUGGAUCUGGGCAGAGUGAGAAGGGCAUUUCUCCAUAUAGGCAUCGCCAUUCGUAUGUGUUUCAUGUUGAAUUUGCAUCGUCCCGAAGGCUAUGUGUCUUGCAAAACGCCCCAUGAAAGAGAGCAAUCCAAACGCAUCUUUUGGACAGUGUGGUUUUACGAUAACAUGGUGUCUCAUUUGUUCAAUGAUCAACUGUCUACCAUCAAACUGAACCAAAUCUCAAUUGAACUACCCACACCACUGCCCGAUUUCAACACCAUUGAAAUGGAUCAAACGACAUUUGCCAUCAGCAUCAUCCAAAUCAGAAAACUAGCAGGAUCUAUAUCUGAGGAGUCGCGUAAAAUGAGACCGCGUGCAUUGGUGAAUCAUUUCAGAAAGAAGCUGCUACAAUACUACCAUGCACUGCCAAAGCAUCUGCAAUUUGGCAAGAAGAACCCAACCUCGUUUCCACCCGGCGCAAGCAUAUGGCUGAGACGCAAUUAUUUCUGCAUUUUGCUAGACUAUUGCCAAUGCUGGAUUACCAUGUACAGAGCAUUACUACCAUCCGCAAACCAUCAAGGCGAGCAACCACUGACGCCAGACGAAAACGAGGCCAUUCUGCACACAUCUCAGGCUGCUGUUGCGAUAGUACAGCUGUUCCAAAACUGGUUCAAGACGUCAUCCGAAUCAGAAGAGAAGUUUGAUUGUUUCUUUCGACCAUACUUAUACCACUUUAUGAGCGCUAAGCAUAUAUUCAGUUCCAAUGUAUCGCAAUAUGGGCGAUCACCAGCACUUGUCUAUGUAAGCAGAGCUUAUCUUGUCUUGCUGUUGCAACUGUACCAAACAACACCAACCAGACGAUCCUUUGAUGAGAGUCAAUUGGAGAAGGAUAUGCUUCAGUUCUUGAACAGACAUCAGAUUGGACAGAAUGAAAUUGUGUAUCAGGCAAUGAUUGAUGAAGCGCUGUUGGAUGAUCUCCAUGCAGGUGGAGGUUGGAGCAUCUUUUCAGUCAGCAAAUCCACCACACCGGCGACCACGCCCAUGGAUGAUGUGGGCUCAAAGUGUUCUUCCAAUGAUAGCAUCAUGAGCGAUCCUUGCACAACUGAACUGGAUCUGGAUUACUUUUGUUGA